CGUGAGCUCGUUCCGAGCUCACCGUGGAUUAGUCUCAAUCAAUCGAUCGAGGAUACCACGUAAAAUCGUUGUCUCGUGUGUUGUUUUGUCUUCCGCAUCAUCAAUUUCUUCAUGGUAUCAGAGCAAAACUCGAUCCCUUGUUUAGGGUUUUGAGCUUCCGCAGUCAAGGUGAAGUCCAGCCCGCCGUCCGUCAAUCUCUCAAGCUACCUUUACAGUAGCCACCGUUGGUAGUCAACUCAAUGUUGGCGUCUCUCCAACAUCAUCUCGGCGUCCCCUCGAUAGUCAUGGUUGUCGUUGAAAGAAGAGCCGAUUUCCAAUCCGGCCUUCUACUCCGGAUUCGUAUCAUGGUCGGCGAAGUCCUUCCCGCCGUCAAGAACAAGAUCUCCAGCUCCAUUGCAUCCUCUCCAGUGGAAUCAAUGUCAUAUUCGCCGCUAUUGAUGAUGUUGUCGUCGUCCCACACCAUCGUCGUCCGCGCAUCGUCGUCAUCAGCUUUUGUGUUGUCGUUUGGUCAAUUAUGUUUGGAGAGAGACAACUUCGACCGACGUAUGUUGACCUCCUAUUAUGUUUGGUCAAUUAUGUUUGGAAGGUAACGAGUUCUAGCACCAAGAUCAAGCACUUCCGUUGCCGCUUGGUUAAAUCAGUUUGGGGUACCGGACUUGGCUUCUUUGUCCAGUCAACGUCACUCUAAGUGUGGAAGGUGGAGUUUUAUCUAACGGCAUGUCAUGUAGCUGGUUAUAUCAUCGUGAAUCUUCACCAACAUCGAUUAAAGUCAUGGCAUUGAAGACAGCCACGACCUGCAGUGGUUGUCCCUUCAGUAGCUAGUGUUGGGGAGAUACGGCUUUCGUCAACAAAGAAGUUCAAUGCGAGGCAGUCACGAUCAAAGAAGUGAUCGUCCCCUCCGCUUUCAACAUCGGUCAAUGUUGAGUCAUUACCAUUCUCACUUUCAAGCUGGGCAUUCACGUCAUUCAUGCUCCAGCUUGAGGGGGGAAUAGGAGGUCAACAUACGUCGGUCGACUAGCUCAGUCAUCAAGUCGAUCGCGUCUAUCUAUCCGUCAGGAAGAUCAAGAGACGUAGUCAAUCGUCUCCGUCAGUGAGUUCAAGAGACGCAGUCAACUGUCUCCGUCAGGAAGUUCUAGAAGACGCAGUCAACCGUCUUCAUAAGGUUGUUCAAGGGAGAGAGUCAGUCGUCUCCAAAUCAACCUCGUCCGAGAUGUUAUUCAUCUCGAGUUAUGUUGUUCAAGCUUGUCAUGCUUGUUCGUCACAUUUCGUUUUUCAAGCUCGACAUUCAUGUCACUCCUGUCUUCGCUUGAGGGGGAGUGUUGAGGAUAUUAAUUAUUUAGUCAAAAAUAAUUAAUUCCUUGUUCUCCAAGUUCCUUGUUUCCUUGUCCCGGUAAAAGAAGUAACUUGGUUGUCAUUAGGGUUUUAACCCUAAGUCUCUCUAUAUAAGCUUAGCUACGAGAUUGUCGUAAGCAAGACGUCACAAUGUAGUCUUAUAAUAAAAUCGUCAGCCGUGAGCUCGUUCCGAGCUCACCGUGGAUUAGUCUCGAUCAAUCAAUCGAUCGAGGAUACCACGUAAAAUCAUUGUCUCGUGUGUUGUUUUGUCUUCCGCAUCAUCAAUUUCUUCAGACGGUUAUGAUUCGUCCAAAUAUAGGCAAAAAAAAAAUCAAUGCACAAUAUGAGGGCUUAUAGUUUAUGAUUUAGAUAAUUAGGACCUACAGGGUCCACUCAUUAAGGGUUAGGAUAUAGUAUCUUGCCCAAACAUCCUACUAAUUCGAGGUCUAGAUAGCGCUUUUAUACUCAAGGUAUCUGGUACCCCGGAUUUCACCCGAGGUACCGUAGAAGGCACUAUAUAUAUAUAUACCAGCGAGCUCAUUGAUAGUCGGAAGAGGAGAGGUAAAUCGGGGGUGGUCUUGAAACUUGACAUCGAGAAGGCUUUCGAUUCCUGCAACUUGGGCUGUUUAUUCGACAUCAUAGCAGAUUUGGGCUUUAAUCAGAGAAUUUUAAAAUGGGGAGUCGAAUGGAGAUUUUGAGCCGCUAGCAUAUAAAAUUUACUGCUCACACCUUCAAGUCGAUUCAACGCUUUAAUCUUGACUCAUAUAACCUUAUUUUGUGUGUAUAAUAAUCAUAUCGGACAUUACUAAUCUCCAUUAGGUUAACCCCAUACCAGCUAAAUACUUAACGAGGGAUGAUUUGAAAAUUGUCAGAAUUGUUCAAUCUACACACUAAAAUAGAAGUAACACGGUCAAUGUAUAAUUAACAAACUUUGUUCAUAAGCCCGUACAUAGGUGUAUAAUUAACCCUAAUUAUAUAUGUAUGGUAUAUUUACCUACUUAUAGCUCCACGGAGAGGCAAAUAGAUACAUCGCCGGCAAUGGAUGAUUUCAAUACAAAUAUUAAUAUGCUAUCACGAAUCUCAAUACAAAUAUUUCAAUGUC